GCUCUACACACGUCAACACAGUAGAUUUAAAAAGAUAUUUAAAAAUAUAUAGAGAGACUUAACUAAGGAAGUUAUAUAAAGUCAGACAUCUUUAAAUUUUGAAAUGGCGUUUGCAAGUUCAAUACAAAAAGGACAGAUUCCAGUUGGAUGUCAGUUAUGUGAAGGUGGGAAUAAGAUUCAAUGGAAAUGUAGCACAUGCGAGUCGCUCAUGUGUUCAAAGUGUAAGGAUGGAGUCCAUCUAAAGAUUGGGAAAGAUCAUAAAAUUCUUAAUAUAAAAGAAAUUGGAAAACAGGAAGACACAAUAAUAUUCAGUGAUGUCAAGUGUGAUGAACAUUCUAACCAGGCUUGCUGUUUGUAUUGUAAUACUUGUAAUAAACUGAUCUGUUUCAAGUGUAUCACUAAGGUUCAUAAUGGACAUGAGUUAAUUGAAGAAGAAGAUUUUAAUAAAGGCAAAGUAGAACUGAAACCUCAACAGAAGAGUAAAAUUAAGUUAGAAAUAUCCAAAGUUUAUACAACAGAUCUUACUUAUAUUCACUUUAUAGCCGUAUGUUCUGAUGGUUCUAUGUGGAUGGCAGAUAAUAUCAAAUUAAAGUUACAAAAUGUCAAACUUAGGGAGAAUAGAACUGAAGUUAUAACAAGUCUUAACACUGAGAUUUAUGGAAUGGCAAAAACUCAUUCAAAUAACAUUCUUGUAAAGACACAAGGUGAGACUAAACUCAAACUAAUCAACACCUUGACAGGGGAGAUAACUGAUUCCAGGUAUGAUGUUAAACCAUUGAUACCAGUCUGUAUCCAUGUUACCAGUGAUCACAGAGUUAUCAUAGGAGCCCUUUCUGGAGGUAAACCAUUCCCUGUCACAGGAAGACGUGUAGUGGUGGUCAUGGAUCAGGAAGGGAAACAACUCAAGGAAUAUGAACAUGACAAUCAUAACAAACGAUUAUUUUCCUUCCCUAUAAGUGUAACUACUACCAGUAAUGGUAACAUCUGUGUGCUGGAUGGCUUAGAUUAUGAUCAAAGAGGUAGAGUGGUAGUGUUAUCACCAGGAGGAGACAUUCUAGGAACUUACACUGGUCACCCUGAUGUCAACACAGAGAAGAAACCAUUUAAACCUUUAAGAAUACUAACAACACCAUUAGAUAAUAUCAUUGUCACAGAUGUUGACAAUCAUUUAUUACAUAUAUUGACUGACCAAGGACAAAGUAUUACCUACUACAACCUCCGUGACAUAGGGAUCUUAGGUCCAUUCUCCAUAGCUCUGUCUACAUCAGGAACUAUCUAUAUUGGAUGUGUAAGUGCAGACAGAAGUCCCGACACAACAAAGGCCAAACUUUAUGAGUUAAACUUUUCUGGAUUCUAAAGAUUUCCCUUGCUCUCUUUACAACAGGAACUAUCUAUAUAGGAUGUAUACAUGAGAGAGGAAGUCCAAACACCACAAAGACCAAACUUUAUGAGGCAAAUUUUUUUGGAUUCUAAAUAUUUACCUUGUUCUGUCUACAUACAGAACUAUAUAUAUGGGAUUUGUUAGUGAACAACAAAGUAAAAAAACUAAACAAUUUUAACUUAAUUCUGGAUUCUAGUGAUUUCCUUUGCACAUUAGGACCUUUCUAUAUUUAAUGUGUUAAUGAUAGCACGAGUUUAAAUAGGCUGGAUGAUUAAGGAUUUGAUUUAAAAAUUAAUUUGAUAAUGGAAUAUUUUUGAAACAAUAGUUAAAUUGUUAUAAGUAAAUUUCUGUUUCAAACAAAUAUUUACCCAUUUUGCCAAUACAAUGCCUAUAGAUUAAUUGAUUGUUGGUUGCUUCAUUUCCAGUGGCAAAUAUUUCAUGCAUAUUCAGGACAACAGUUCCUAUGGACAAUCUCUACAUAUUUCAAUAACUUUAAAUAAUAAAUGAUUGUUUUCAUAUUUAUUAAAUUAUAUUUUCAUAACAAAAUCUAAGUCAUGGUUAUCCCAUAAUUCCAUAUGUAUCAAGUUUAAAUUAAGUCUUUAAGUUCUAAACAGUAAACCUGUAAAAACUGGUAAAGGCUGCAGCAGCAUGUCAUUAGCAGUAGCCAUAUUAUACACAUAAAAAUAAAAAGAUGUGGUAUGAUUUCCAAUGAGACAACUCUCCACAGGAUAUUAAUUGACACAGAAAUUAACAACAGGUUUCCAUACUGCCUUCAACAAUGUGUGAAAUCCAGACAACGUUGUCAGCUGUAAAAGGAUAAUAUAUAAAAUACUGAAGGAAAUUUCCUUUUAAAAGAUGACAAUAGUGAUUGAAUAUUAGUAAUAUUGUUUGAAUAUGGAGUUCAAUCUUUCUGAAGUUUGCUCAUUGUUGAAGUCAGUUAUAGCUGACUAUAUAGUCAGUUUGGGUUUUACUCUUGCUGUUUGAAUAUGGAGUUCAAUCUUUCUUUAAUUUGCUCAUUGUUGAAGUCACUUGUAGCUGACGAUACAGUUUGGGUUUUACUCUUUGUUGAAGGUAUAUGGUGACUUGUAAUUGCUUACAUAUCUCUGGUGGAUUGUUAGGUCUUACCUAGAAAUUAUCCGGGAAAAUUACAGACUGUAAAAAUAUGAAGGUUUGCAAGUCUUAGAGUUUCAUGAUUCAGACAGAUAAAUAUCUAGUAAGGAAAUCUGCUACCUGGCUAUUAGAAAUGGUGAAUGGCAAAUAUAGGUCAAUAUUUAAACAUGA